GUAAACAACAUGGCGGCCUCCAGCCCUUUCUAUUGUUGUCUACGAAUCUCGAAUAAAUAAAGCCUUUUAAAGGCAAAGAUGCGUCCUAAGGCCACACGCCGGGACGCAGGAGACAAGAUGGGUGGUCGGGAUAAAGAUAAAUCCAAUCCUUCGUUUAAUAUGCGAAUAAAAUUGUUUACGGAUGAAGUUUUUCCUUUGUAUAAUAUCACUGCAGACAUGAAGGUUGCAGAUUUGAAGAAAUAUGUAGAGUUUGCCACUGGCAUACCGGUUCAUUUGCAGAGAAUAAGUUAUUUGGACGAAGGUGAACUACAAGACAGCGUGGAUAUAAGAAGUUGUGAUAUUGUACCAGGGGCUACUCUCCAUCUUAGAGUAUGGCCAACAUGGAAAGAGCUAAUUGAAGCAGUUACGGCCAAUGAUAUAGACUGGGUAUUCAGUCUAGGCGUUACGGCAAACACUACCUACCAUACGCCCCAGAGUGAUUACAUGACCAAGAAACAAAGACGUCCGUGGAUUGAAGAACGAGCAUUCAUUGCUUUAUUUAUAGCUAGUCACAGAGGACAUGACAAAUUGGUAAAAAGACUAAUAGAUGCUGGUGCUAGUUUGAGUGCUACAACACCUGCCGGUAGAACGGCUCUCCAUGUUGCGUCAGCUCAAGGUCAAUCGAAGAUUGUCGACGUUCUUUUAGAAAGUGGGUCGGACAUCGGAGCAAGAGAUGUUGAUGGUAACGACGCUUUAGGCAUUGCUGCAAAAUACAACCAAGACAAAACAUGUGAACGUCAUUUAUUUUUGUUUCGAUGGCAACAGAGAGCAAAACAAACGAAAAAGAGCGCAGAACCAGAAAGAAUGGCUCACCAAUUUAACGAUUCAGCUUUCCCAGUUUGGUUAAAGGGACAACAAUGUCAGCUUUACUUUUCAAACAUCCUGCCACCCUCCGAGUAUGAAGGAACAAGGAUGAACUCCCCAAGACGAAAAGCACACCCUCGUGAAUUAACCAGGGAAAGAUUGUAUGGUAGCGGAGAACCACAAGAAGAGGAGUAUGAAAUUGUAGAAGAUGAAGAUGGCGAAGAAGGUUCAUUGAGACUGCCAGUUAUAAAAGAAGAAAGGGCUAAACCUAGAUCUGGUCAUAGACAUUCUAGACACAGUAGAAAUAAACAGCCUUUCUCCUAUGAUGAAUGGAUUGGGAAAAAGAAAGCACGGGAACAAAAAUCAUUAGACGUAGUAAAGGCAAAGAAAGAGAAAGAAAAGGCGGAGGAAAACGAAAGAAAAUUGGAUGAAAAACGUGCCGAGAUAGAAAAAAGCCAAUCAUAUGAAACAUGGCUAGAGAACCGAGAAUUCGAAAAGAAGAAAACGGACAUCCAUAGACCACAAGAGGAAGUAAGAAGAAUAGAAAGAGGACCUAGUGCCUUUAGACUUUACCUGCGUUCUCUUGGAAGAACAAGGGAUGGUGAGACUUAUGAAGACUGGUUAGACCAAAAAGAAGAAGAACUGGGGAUUGACCGGUCUAAUAAAAAGGCACUGGUUGGACAUUGAUGGGAGCUGCAUGCUCUGAAUCCCAGUCAAGUAGUUUCAAAUAAACAGAUAUGUAAUCCAGUCAUUUUCAUAUAUUUGAAAUUCAGUCUGCUGAUUGAAAGUGAAAUAAAGCGGACGUUAAAAUAUGUAUGAAUAAUAAAGAAC